UUUAAUUUUAAUUUCUAAUUAUUACUUUUUAUCAUUUUUGUUUUAUUUCCAGUUCCUGUUAGUCUUGUUUUGUGACUGUGUGCUUAGCUUCAAAAUUCUUAGACAGCUCUAAUUAUUGAAACGGUAUAGCUUGAAAUUAUCAAAGUGAUUCAUCGUAUUUUAAGCAUGUGGAAUGCUGGGCAUCCAAACUUUUCUGACACCAAUUUGCUCUGGCUGCGUUUACUUCUCUAUUUCCGUUGACCAACUAUCGUCAUUAGCUUUAAUAAUUAGUGACAUAAGUCUACAUACUGCAAACACUUCUGUUUUCAUUCCUGGUACUUGAACCUCUGAAAAAUCAUGACACGAGUGACAAGGAGGAGUACCAAAGCACAACGUCAUGAUGUCAGCAGCCGAACUUCAAACUCCUCCAAGUCCCAGGUCUCUCAUUCUAAAUCAACAAAUUCAUCACGCUCAACCAUGGAUUCUCAUCCAACUCAAACAUCCAUUAUUUCGGAACAAAGAAAAAGUAUUUACUCUGAAACAGAUCAUUGCGAAUAUUUUGGCAAGAGUUCAACGGAGGCAGUGGUUGGGAGCACAACGUACCUCAAUGACUCCAUAGACUCGGAGAGAUCGGACGAACUCUUUAAUGACAACCGCAGUUUUAGAACUCCAGAUUGGAGGAAGAAAGUUAAUGGAAAUCACGAGGACUAUGCUAAUAAUGUGAGACAAGCACUAUGCAGCACUGCAAAGAAGACACCAAUUAAUUCAUCCAAAUUCGUAUCAACGCCCCACAUGUCCACAUUACAGUCACGGUUAAUAAAGAGAGCUUCAAUGGCAGCGGAGAAAGAAAUGGCAUUAAUUGAAAAAAGAGUCUCCCUGAAAAAAGCCUCUGAUUCUGCCAAUAGCUCAAUUCACGAUGUAGGCGCUGUGAGGACUCCAGCUCGGCCUCCUUCCUUCAUAGAUCUAAGCAAGAUUAAGCCAGUCCCGAUGAGUGUCGAUGUUCAUCCAAGCCCAGAAACGCCAAGUUUUGAAACGCCAGCUUCAACCCUAGCUUCUCCAUAUGGAAUGACGAAAAUUUCCAGUGCAGUAAUUGGAGCUGGUCUGCGGACCCCUCUUUUUUCAAAGAUAGCAACACCUGUUACUUCACUAGGUGGACCAAAAAGACUAACUGUUCAGAGAGCUUCUCUAGAAAUGUCAACAAUCUUAAAAGGAGUUGUGGCUUAUGUAGAAGUACGAACCAACCAUGAUAACCUAUCUCAAGGAGUCAAAACCCAUUUGCGAACUCUUGGGGCUCAUGUUGAAGAAAACUUUACUAAGAAAGUAACCCAUGUCAUCUUCAAAGAAGGCCUAAUGUCAACCUAUAAAAAAGCUGAACGAUGGGGAGUACCUUUGGUGUCUGCACUAUGGAUUGAAGCAUGCAAAAGCCAACGAAAAGUUGUACCAGCAGAAGAGUUCCCACCUAUUGACAUAGACCGUUAUAAAAAUGCCUUACCCUUCAAACGCUUCAGGAAAAAACGCUCCAUUCAGCCAAUUGGGGAUGUGAGAAGACUGCCGGCUCGAUCGACAAGAAAAGUGAAUAAAUUAGGAACAACUGUUGAAGAGCCCUCCUCUGUUCCUGCCAAAGGGAACCGCUGCAUCUUAAAUGAAAUUAAUAAGGAGUUAAAAAAUGAUCCCAAAUUCGAGGAUAAAUAUUUGCAGACACUCCUAACGCUGGCUGGGCCGUAUUUGGAGGAAGCUCUGAAUCGAUCUGAUAGCCCGACAAACGAAGGAGAUCUCUUUCUUCCUCUGUCUGUGAGGCUUUUAAAGAAAUAUAUGACUCCUCGAGGCACUCAAACAGAAAGUAAGCUCACUCAAGUUAGAGUCAGUGAGUUAGAGAAGCACUUAAACUUAAAUCCGAAAGGACGAUCAAGACUGCGUAAAUUCCUUGUGUUCUCUAGCGAAGACGAGGCAGGCACUGCCAAUAGAUCAUCAAAAACUGACAAAGAGUCAGAAUCAGAAGACGACACCAUUUCUCCAGUGGAGCCACCAAAAGUCAUCCGUAAAUCAGCCCCUGCGCGUCUGUUAACAUCACGUAAGAAGCGACGAAAAAAUGCAAAAGGAACCACACAGAAAAAAUCUUUGGUUCAGAAACCUACUGUCAUUGUUAACAAGAGGAAGACGCAGCAGGUCGAAAACAAGGAAAAUCUGAACGUUGACAGAGCUAAGGCCGGGAUCAACAUGGACACAAAAAUAGAAAGUAAAACCCAGAAACCGCCCAGUAAAAUGAACAGUGCUGUCAAGAGGAAACUUCUGCAGACCUCACAACUAAUAAUGUUGGAUGCACCAGUAGAAGAUCUGUCGAUUAGAAAACCAGUGCCCCGAAUGAAGCCUCUGCCUCCUGAGAGCUCGCCUAAAAAGAGAAAGUUUCCUCCCACCUCAACCACUAAAGUUUCAUCUCAAAGUAGCACCGCAUCAAGUGGCUCCCGCUACAGUGAGAUGUACCGUCUCAUGUCAUCAGAUGAGGAAGAGCGGAAUUCAGCUGCUUGGUUCGCAACACCUCGCCGAAAUAAAACUCUUCCCAAACCUGUACUUGUCUGUACAAGUUUGCAUACCAAUGAAUCAGUGGAAGUAAAUACAAUUGUAGGGAAGCUUGGGCUCUUUGAAACUGCAACCAAAGUAAACCCCCAGACAACACAUGUGGUAGCAGGUGGCCCCAGAAGGACUCUCAAUCUCGUCAAAGGCAUGGCGAGAGGCUGCUGGAUUGUCAGGAAGGAAUGGGCACUGGACUCGUUUAAAGCUGGACGUUGGUUGUAUGAAGAGCCAUACGAAUUGACAGAAUUUUCGCCUGUAAUAAAGGAAGUGCGUUUGCAGAGGCAGUGCUAUAAAUUUUUAUUCUCUCUGGACAUAUUUUCACCUUGCGGCAGCAUUUACGUUUGCCAGAAAACAGUCCCGCCGCGAGACGAUCUCAAAGAAAUCUUGCGACUCUGCUCUGCAACAGUUGUAAGCUCUGCAAAAUCUGCCAAAAUUGUUAUUGGGAACAAUGUUACUGGAAAUUUAAACGUGCAAGAAAAAUGGGUUCUUGACUGUGUGAGUCAAAACAAACUACUGAGCACAGAUUCCUACACAAUAAAAAAAACCGACAAUGGUAAAACUCAAUAGUUUCGCCUGCAGACAUCUGUAAGUUUUAUAUGUUUGAAUAGGUUAUCCCGCAAGUAAUUCAAAUAUUAUGUUCUUGAGCGAACGCACAAAAUUAUUGACGCCCAGUUCAUCCAUGGUUUUAGAUAAAGUAAUGUCUAAAACAGUCUAAUGAACCUUUUUAAGCUUAUCCAGUGAAAGACUGCUGUGCAUCCAUUUAAAGCUGAUAUUUUGGAUAACUGCUGAUAGAAUUUUUAAGAUGUUUUUCUGCCAAAAUAAAAUUCAAAUUACAAAGGCUGUCCCAAAAAAAAAAAAAAAAAUGACUGGUGCUGCACCGUUUGACCUAGGCAGCAGGCAACUAAAAAACUGAUUUCAGUUAUGUUUGAAAGAGAAACUCAUUUUCUGUGAAUUAAUGCCAAAUAUUUUUUACACAAUCAAAAAUUUGCAGAUUCGAAAGUUUGAAAAAAAAAAUUAAUAAACCUCCUUUGUUUUUAGAAUGGAUGUUUCUUCCAGAAAAAGUUCUUAAAAACUAUUUUCCGAAACUUUAUAAACUUAAUAUACCUAGCAACAUAGAACACAGCACUGUUUGGCGGUAACAGAUUGUGGGCAUAAUCACAGCAACAACUUUCGAAUUGUCGGGUGAGAUGUUGAGACUUAUGUGCAGAGGUCUCUCAGUCAGGUAUUCGUGAGUGAGUGCUAGCAGCAUUUUGUGUGAUCAGUGCUUUUCAUUGGAACUUAAUUUUGUGUCUUGGUAUGAAUUAGGAUGAAAAGCUUUAAAAAAAAAGACUCUUUGUGAAGUAUUACUAAAACGCAGAAUCAAGUUCUAAUGAAAAGCACUGAUCACACAGAAAACUGCAAGCAUUCACUCGUGAACAUCUGACUCGGAAGAAUUCUGUAUGUAAGUCUGAACAUGUUCCUCGACAGUGCAAAUCUCAUCAUCACGAUUACAGCUGUAAUCGAACAAUGCUGAACAAUGUAGCCACUUGUUUUGUAGCCAACAAAACACACAGUUGUUUUUUAUGUCGCCAAGCUUCUUCAAUCCAGAAAAUAGUUUUUUGAAGAACUCUUGGUGGUUAAGGGUCAUUUUUUUCCUUUUUUUUUUCAAACUUUUACAACAAAGCAGAUUUUUGACCCGAUAAAGUAGGUAGACUUGAUGUCAACUGAUAGAAAAUGAGUAAUUUUUUUCAAACGCAACCAAGAUUAGCUCUUCAACUGACGUAGUUCAAAAGCUAGAGCAUCAGUUUUAGCUCAUUUUGGACAACCUUUAUUAGUGAGGAGAGUGACUUGUUAGAUCAUCAAUAUAUUGUCUAGAGCCUUGCGGAAAAUAUAUGUCAUCAGCUUUCGUUUGCUGAAAGAAGUGAUUUUCCUAUCACUCUUGAAGCAAUUUAGGUAGUAAAAAAUCGUUGAAAUUACCAAACUAUUUUAAUAUUUCAUGGUAUCUGUGAUACUAAUUAUCGCAUGUGUUUUGUUAGUCUAAGACUAGGAAAUUUGUCAGAAGUCUAGAAUGAGCUGUCUUCAAAGCUCAUAACUUGUAAAGCAAAAUCUACAUCAGAAAACUGCUGUAAAAUUUUGUAUGUAUUGUAAUCGGUUAUCUACAAAGGGAUAGCUGUCAUCUAUUUGUGUUUGUCCAGUAUAAUCUUUUUUCAGGGUGUCCACAGAACUUGAAAAUUGAGGAAAA